CCUUCAAAAGCUUGAGAUCCGGCUGACUGCUCCCGCAUGACGCCUCGAAGGGUGUGAGACCGCCUUCUCGAUGGAAGGACGGGCAAGCAACUUGAAGAAAGUGUGGGCAGACUUCGAGUCACGGCUGCCCAACGCCGACUUUGUUGCCAUCGACACGGAGCUCACCGGCGUGGACUUGGAGGGCGAGAUCGACUCCUUCGACGACACCGCUAAGUCACGCCUAGACCGGCAUUGCCGGAUAGCCGAGCGGUACACCUUGAUUCAGCUCGGGCUCACCUUAGUUAGUCACGAGCGGAGCGGCAGGGAAGAGAUCCUGAGCUUUGCCAGCUACAACCUCUUCGCGUUUCCAUAUGCUGGGAACGACCUGAUUGGCCGCGACCAGGGCUUCUUCUGCCAGGCCUCUGCCCUGCAGUUCAACGCCCAGCACAACGUGGACUUCAACACCUGGAUCAGAGAUGGGAUCCCCUACAUGAGCCGAGAGGACGAGCGCAGGUUCAAAAAGUACUACGGGUCCAAAGAGGGAUCUGUGGCUCACGAGGAGAAGGUGGGACUUCUCCGAUUCUGGAAGGCGCUGUGCUCUCGGCAACUGCCCUUUGUGGUGCACUGCCCGCUGGACUUGUUCUUUCUGCUGGCCGCAUUUGAGCGACGGCCGCUGCCACGCAAUGACCCCCGGGCUAUGGCGCAGCUCAUCCGCCAGUGCACCCCCAAGGUCAUUGACACGGCUCACCUCCACGGUGCCCUGGGCGGCUUCAAGCGCCUGGGCCUCACCAAGUUCGCGGAGGAUGCCAAGGCGAGGUAUGAAGAACUGGCAAGCAACGGCAGCGUGCCACAGCUGAAGUUCCACCUGGCCGGAGAGACUGCUAGUCGGUACGAUUCCAAGAACGACCUUGCUCAUGAGGCCGGCUUUGACUCCUUGGUGACAGCGCAGCUCUUCGCUUAUCUACGUACCAUAUCCCCGACACAAGUCAGAGAGGGCGCCAACCGCCUGUUUCUAUACAAGAGUAUAGAAUAUCUGGAUUUGGACAGAGCUGCCCUGGAGGGCGAGGUGGGCGUUUGCAUGUUCGACCUCAGCCGCGUUACGCUGCUGGUGGCGGCUUUGGAUCGAGUGGACGGGCAUGACGCGCCCAGGCUCAUCAGCAAUGCGGGGUACAUUUGCAAAUGGAUCGACUCGUCCCACGUCUUGGUCGUGAUGAGGGCUUCGGGUGGUGCUGCGGUGCGAAAAGCCGCCGAGCUGGCGGGAAAGGUGCACGGUGUGGUAUCCUGGAUGGGAUUUGACGAGUGGCGCGAAGGAGAGGCCGUGAAGGUUGUGAAGGUUGACAAAGACACCGCGGAGGUGGAGGACCUGCCAGACUGCGUCAGAGCCCAGGUCGGCCCGGCCCGGCAGGGCCAAAGUGAGUUCCGAGUUGCGGAGGCGAAGCUCCUCGAAAGCGAGAGCUUCUUGGAGCAACUCGUGCGAUACGGCCGCCUGCUCUCAAGGCAAAGAUCCAAGCUGUUGGCUGCCGGCACGGGACUUCUGCUGGUAUCGCUGUGCAUCCGUGCUCGAGCCGAGCUGGAGUCGGCGUUUUCCAGGCUGCUGCGAGGCUUGUGCAGAAGACCGUUGCACCUGGCCGGGUGGCGGUAGAGCUAAAGCAAACCUGUAAAGUUCAAUUCAACAGGGAUGAUUUGGGC